UGCACUUUCAUUGUUACAGCGGCAACGAGCUUUGGCUUUGACGCAUCACUCCGACUUGAGAUAACGUGUCUCUGCAGUGUCCAAAAAGUUGGUAGAGCGCCUCCACUGCGUGAAUGAAGCGUUCGAACAUCUCGAGGGCGUGCGAGUCUUGUCGGAAACACAAGAAGAGGUGCGACGGUGCGAUUCCCGUCUGCAGCCAUUGCGCUCGGUAUGGCUACAGAUGUGUCGUUGCCUCGAACAGAGACAAGCGAAAGCCCGUGACUAAGAGUCAUCAUGAGGCUCUGCAAACGAGGAUUGAGAUGUUGGAGAGAGAGCUCGAAGCUGUUGGGCAUAGACGACGGGAAAGGAGCGAAAAGCGAAGCAUUCAGGGAUCCGGCACUCCCAGCGUCGUCGAUGAAAUGGCACAAAACCUAUGCGCGCAAACGAUCCAGCGGAGAGGCUACCAUGCUCGCAACAGCAGCAACCCUGAUCUAUCAGAAGAUGUAUAUGCCCGCAUACUGGCACUGCCCCGCCCUUUAUUCGAGCAUUUGCUUGGUCUCUCUUUCGACUAUGGCUGCAGCUAUGGACGGAUUGUGCCAAGAAAGCACUUCUUCGAGUCGCUCGUGUCAAAUCCUGGUAUGGUGCGCAACGACCGAAGCUCGGUCUUUUCGCUAAGCGCCGUUCUUGCCAUGGGGUGCUGCUAUCUGGACGAGGCGACGCUGCUCAGCUUCAAUUUUCACAUCGAUGGCCUCGAAGAAAGUCUCACUCGCAACCCGAAGGCAAUGUCUCGUUUCUUCGCGGAUCUCGCCAAGUCUCUCCUUGCCUACGAAGUCUCGCAUCCCCUUUACAGCACUCUAUCCGGCUUAAAUUGUUUAGCUAUUCGAGAGAUCGGUAUGGGCGACGAAGCGACUGGACUGGCCUUAUUUGCUGUGGCCCGUCAGUUGGCUGACGAUCUCGCCCUCAUUUCCCUCGUUCGGAAGAGAGACCGAGACGAUGAGGAAAGCUUUGAAAAUGUUCACUCAAGCCUAACUCGAAUUCCUCGACCGGAGCAACCUGGUUUUCUGUGCUACUGGAGCUUGACGACAAUCGACAUCGCAUUUGCUAUCGCACGGGGUACUCAGCCCCUUGGCGCGGCCAAUUAUGCUCGGGAUUUAUCGGAGGGUAUGGAUGUCCCUAUCACCGUUCCAUCGAUCGACCUCAGCUUUCCGCGGAACGCCACGCUUGCAUUUCGAGAGCUUUCAAAGCUCACAAUGGUAGCCAUCCCUGCCUUGGCAGAUCUGUGCAACGAACAAAUAAGCGAUGAGGAGAAGUCGGUUCAGAUCACAGCCUCGAUCUUGCGGCUGGAAGAGUGGCAUAACCAACUUGAGUCGCCUCUGAGAACCUUUUCGCAUAGCCCCAGUCAGGCCAAGGAUCCGCACAUCCUCACGCUCUCCGCCACCUACUGGGCGCUGGUCAUUCUCCUUCACCAGAAGCAGCCUUCAUCACUACGGCGGCGCAGCGAGGCUUGCAUCGCAAUGGCCAAUCUAGUCGCGAUGCUCCGCACGACUUUGGGUCUCGAAAAGGCCCCUUCGCUGCUUGCACCCCUUCUGGCCGUCGCUUGCCUGGACGCCAUUCAACUCCUCACAAUCACCACUGCCUUUGCGAGUCCCACCCCAGGUACAUCGAAGGCACAAGCAAACAGACCACACUCGGAUCUGAUGGACGAAGUGUCAUCGGCGCUCGUCUCGCUGAUUGCAGCUCUGCAAGGAAUCUCGCGAACAUGGCUACUUGCGGCAGACUUGAAAUCGCGAAUCGACGUCUACAUCAAAUGCCUCGAUUUGGACCGUAGCAUCGCUUUCAAGCCAAAGAGGCAAUCGCAUCAGAGCCACUUGUACAGCCGCGACCCAUCCCAACGUGAUGAGUAGGUGUACUUACCGUCAAAGAAUUAGAUUCCAAUCUAUAAAAUCACCAAAAUUUACGCGUUAUCAACUUUGGCCUGAGCGCGAUCGAAGAGUGACACCUAGAGGACA